AUGGUUUCAGAUGAAUUUACCAAGGGAGGGGAAUGGGUUAGACUUGGUAGCAACGAUGAGUUUGAGAACGGUGAGAUGUACGAGAUGCAGGUCGGUGAGAACAGGAAGAUUCUGAUAACUAGGACGAAAGAUGGCCGACUAUACUGCACAGGCGCUCUCUGCAGCCACUACGGUUUUCCUUUGAAAAAGGGCAUCUUCCUCAACGAGACUGUGGUGUGCCCUUUGCAUGAUGCCACUUUCGAUAUAAAGACAGGAGAACCACUGAGAGGACCCGGUCUUGAUGCUAUACCCACCUACAGAAUCGAGGUUCGACCCGAUGGAGUCUACGCUGACUUACCGAGGAAAUCUGAUGUUUGGAUUGCCAAAGAGAACGUCCAAGGCAUGGCUAGAAGGGACCCUGAGGAUAAGAGAGUAUACGUGAUAGUUGGGGGAGGAGCCGCUGCUGCUACUGCUGCCGAGAGUCUAAGGCAGAAUGGAUACACGGGAAGGAUCAUCAUGAUGACUCGGGAAAGGCAUUUGCCGUAUGACCGUCCCGUCCUGUCUAAGAAGUUGGAUGCUGGCGAUGAUCCAUCUAAACUCUACCUACGCGACAGGGAGUUCUAUGCUAAGUCGGCAGAGAAGCUGGAACGCUGUAAUGGAGAGGUAGCUGGUCCUGGUAGGCACGAUAUAGAGGUCUGGACGGAGACUUUGGUCACCAAGGUUGACGCCGAGCAUCGCAUUGUGGAGGUUCAACCAUCGAAAGCUCACAAGAAUGUUUUCUGUCUCCGGACGCCCGAUGAUGCUCAUGCUAUAACGGAGUAUGCUGAGGCUGGGCAACGGGUGGUUUUGGUUGGUUCGGGUUUCAUCGGUAUGGAGAUGGCUAGUGCCCUAGUUAGCAUGGGAGUAGACGUCACUGUUGUUGGUAGGGAGACUGUGCCGUUCCAGAGGGUGCUGGGGAAGAAAGUGGGGGCAUAUUUCGCCCAUAUGUUAGCGGAGAGUGAGGACAGUCUCGUGAAUGGGGUGGAGCUUGAUGAUGGUGAUCUCCUUUUCGCGGACGCUGUCAUCAUGGGUACAGGGGCAGUCCCUAAUACUUCACAGCUUACUGGUGUACAGAGGGCUGCCGAUGGGUCACUGCCGACGGACCCUUUCUUGGGGGUACAGCUUGCUGAUGGUUCCUUUAGCAAUACGCUCUAUGCUGCUGGAGAUGUGGCAAGAUACCCCGAUGUGCGCACAGGUGAGCCGCUGAGAGUGGAGCAUUGGGAUGUUGCACUACAAAUGGGCAGAAUUGCGGGAGCGAAUAUGGCUGGAAAAUUUAGACCGUACAAUACGGUACCCUAUUUCUGGACGAUGAUAUUUGGCAAGUCCUUGCGGUACGUUGGCAGCACAGGUGGCAAGGACGGAUCUAAUUUUUUUGAUAAUGUUAUCAUCGAAGGGGACUUCAAAGAGAGUCGCUUCGUGGCUUAUUAUUGUCGGGGUGAUCAUAUUCUGGCAGUAGCGACAGUGGGAUCGGAUCCUGUUGCCGUCGCCUGUGGAGAGUUGAUGAAACGAGGCUUGAUGCCUCGUACUAGCGAGCUCAUGCUAGGAACCUGUGAUGCCCAAGGCAUUCUAGAGCGGGUGAAGAAGUUGGACGAAAUAACGAAACCGAAGAAAGUGACACCCAAGACCAAGAAGGCAUGA